AUGAAGCUCAUCCUAGCUGGCGCGACUAGUCUCUUGGGCACCGAGAUCGUGAGACAAAGCUUACAAAUUCGCGAGAUCACUCAGGUCGUAGCUUUAGCUCGCCAGCCCGUACAGCUCGACGACAGUGUCAACUCAUCAAAGGUGAGAAGCGUUGUCAUUCGCGACUAUGGUGAAUACCCUGACUACGUGAAGGCCGAGUUUGCCGGGGCCGAUGCUUGUAUUUGGACCGUUGCCGCCACGCCCCUCCACGCCGGUGGCUUUGACUUUGCUGAGGUCAAGCGUGUGUGCCAGGACUGCACCAAGCUCGGAUUUGAGGCCAUGUACGAAGCUGGACCAGCGCGUCCCUUUCGCUUCAUGUACCUGAGUGCGGAAGGUAUCCCUCGAGACCCAACAAAGAGGCCAGUGGUAAUGGCGGACUACCAUAAUAUGCGAGUAAUGAAUUCAAACCCCACGAUAUGUUCUGGAUUUAUGCUAAUGUGUCUUUCGGUAAAUUGGCGCAACACAGAGCUCAUGGUCCUCAAAUUUCCCACCGAGAAAGAGGGAGUCGAGGUUUGCAUCGCUCGGCCCAGCUUAAUUGCUAAUUCCACGACUUGGUCAAGAGCGCUGGUGGCCAACCUCUUCCGUAUCGUGAGUCGUUUUGGACGGCCAAUUCCGAAUAUACAACGGAGUGAGCUUGCAGCGGCAGUACUAAACCAAGUCAUGCAUGGGUUUGAGAAGGAAACUCUUUUGAAUGCCGAUCUCGUUCGAGUUGGACGAAAGGAGCUGAAAUUUCGCACUGUCAAAAUGGUCAACCGCCCCCAAUCUCAAAACCUCAAUCUCGAACACGAGCCGGAGCAGAUCGACGCCCCAGAGAUGAAAGAUCCCGUUCAGCCUGGUUCCUCCGACAUCGACGAAAGAAUGACCCGAGACUACAAGGAGGCCAUUGAUAAAACCAACAUCAUCAACGAAGAGCGCCUUCGCCACGUAGUACCCCAGUCCACCACGGCCUACCGCGAACCAAGUGAGGAGGAAAUUGAUAUUUCCUGGCGGCCUGAUCCAUCGGGACAUCCGCGGAGGACUCUCUAG